UCCAUGAAUUUCCCGACUUUGCCUGUGUCUUUUUAAAGCCUACAUUUAUACUUCAAAGUUAUUUUCUGUAAUUAUGCCUGGAUUCGUGCUUGAAGAACCUUUCCCGCUAGCACGUUUUCAUAACACAGUCGGCGAGAAUGAUAUUCAGUUUUUUACUGUUGGCGUAAAUGCUUUGGAAUCGCCAUCAUCCACCCUUUUAAACGAUGAUGAUUCGGUAGAUCAUAAUUAUGAUGUUGACUCCGUUGCUAUAACUGUACAAGGCGAAGGCUUCAAAGUUUAUAACACAACCGAUCAGAAAUGUAUCAACUCAUGGAUUACGCCUCCCGGCAUCGCCUUUGUAGGCCCUGCUACUCACAUCACCGGCGGUAGAGAUACUGAAGCCGUUGAUUAUACUUAUGCUAUUGUUGCUUCUGGGCCUGAUGUCACGGAAGAUGAAGAGGGCAAAAUUAUAUGGUUAUGGAAAAACACCAGGAAAGGCGACAAUCAAGAAUUGGAGAAAAUUACAAAGACGUUUGAUGAGAAAAUGUGCGCUAUUCAUACUUCAACAGCUUUACCUUCUCAUGUUAUUAUGGUUGGCGAAAAUGGAUCCAUUGAUUUAGCUACCAAAGAUUUGGAUCGUUUGACUGCCAAACAAAAAGUACAGCAAAAUAGCGGAAAAGUAAUUUGGUCUACUGUUCUCGUUACCUCAAAUGCUCACACACGACCUUGUUGUAUUCCCACAUCUAUGGUGCCUUCCAUGUCUACUAUUGUUGUCACAAUCAGCAGUCAUACCAACAAAAAUGAAGAAGCCAAUCAUUAUGUUAUGAAGCUCAAUCAUGUCAAUGUUGAACGCCGAAGCAUCGAUAUUUUAACAACGACCGAUUUGAAGUUGACGGCUAAGCCUAUCGCUUUCACUUUAGAACCUAAUGAUGGACGUAUAACCAUUUUGACAGCUGAUGGCACAUGGACUAUAUAUCGUUUGCAGCUUAAACAUAGCUCAUCUAAAAAGAUCUCUUGUUCACUUAGUGAACAUUUAAGUAUUCCCUUGAAGGGAUAUCGAUUCUAUGAUGAGCAUGUGGGCUCUACAGCAGCCCUUGCACCUUUAUCUGACAGUUACGUCGCUUUAGUUGCACCACGUACAGCUUCCACCAAGAAGUCAUCAACAGCAAAUUCGAAUGAAGUUGAGCAUGUUGUGAGUGUAUGGGAUGUCAAAUAUGGUACACUCCAGGCCGAACAAGUAGUUAAAAUGAACGAAAAACAUACAUUCAGUAAAAAUCCUUGCGUUUACAAUAUUGCCGUAUUACCCAAUUCACAUCUUGCUGUUACUGUUUCAGCUGUCGCCAAGAAACCUGUCAAUAAGAGCGUAAAAUCCUCCAAAAAGAUGGUUGAAGCUACCUCAGCAGUUAUGCUUUGUCCUUAUUACAGCGAGCCUAUCUCUUUAUUGGCCGCUUUGGGUAAAAUGAGGCAAACAGUUGACUUUAUGGGUAUCAACCAAGACUUAUCAUCGGACGAAAACUUUGGUUUUUGGCGCAGUGGUAAAGAAGCAGUAAGCAAGGAAAUUAGCCUUCAUAAUGGCAUUGAAGAUGCGGGUCUGGUUUACGAUAAAUGGGUGGCUAAAGUUGAAAAGCGACAGAAGAUGGAAAACGACACCUUAGCAAAAUUAAUGGACAGUGAUAUCAGUCAGGAGGAGUUCACAUCUGUCUUUUUCGACUAUGUGCAUUUUGAUCGCAGUGAAAAGGAUACUGAAGGUGAUAUUGAAAUGAAGGAAAUUGCCACAUCAUCUGCAGAUUCUAUUGCAGUUAAAACGGAAGAAUAUCGGCAGAAGAUGAACACAUUCAGUAAACGAUCGCUUAAAAAGAAACCAGAAGAGUUGUCACAGUUCUUCCUUUCUAAUAUUGUUGCUAAAUGCUUCAAAACGAAUACCACUACUACUGAAGACAAAAGCAAAGCUACAAAAGAAUUUUGGCCAGUUGAUGUCAUUUUAUACUUGAUGGCGAGAUCUUCGUUACGUAGCAGUUAUGCAGAUAGAGGCAUAAUCAACUCUAUUUUGAGCAGAAACGACUGGGCUAUUGUACCGCUUGUACUCGAAAAAGCGCAUGAUAUACCAGAAAACGACCUUGUCACCCUGCUGAAGGCUUUGAUUGCAUUAUGUCAUGAUAAAGUCAACGGGGCAGAAUGGAGAAGUCGAUUCAGUAUAUAUAUGAAAAUGAUUGUAGACGCACCAAGGAAUGACAUCUUUUUACAGCAAAGCUUAAAACGUAUCACUGCGUCAGAGCUACAAUUAAUUCUGGAAACAAUAGUUGAAUGGUUGAAGGAUAGGUCCUCUAACUUGAGCAAACACGCCAAUAUUGUCAAUUUUGCGAAUGCCAUAUUAGACGUACAAUAUCCUACUAUAAUUUUAGAAGCUUCACUUCAAGCUACUGCCACAACAUUACGACAAUUGGUGGCAAGCGAAAUAGAAGUUACAGAUGAUUUAGAACAAUUACGAAAUAUUUUAGGUGCUUAUGAUCGUAAGAAUAAGCAUCUUGCAGCGAAACAAGCAAUUCAACAAGCGCAAUCUAGAGAAGCCUCUGUUAAGAAGGAUGCUCCUAUGGAUGAAUUGACUAAAUUCCGUCAAAAACACAAAGGAAAAUUCGGUGGUGAGCAAGGUAUACCAGUUUAUAGAGUGGAAGUGUUUAGAUUUUAAUAGAAAGACGAAGAAACCA